AGAAGAAGAAGAAGAAGAAGAAGAAGAAUAUACGGGUAGGCUAAUAAGGGCAAUAAUGAGGUUCUUAAAAACAUCGCGGUAAUUAAUAGAAUUUAAUCAGAGUCAUGCAGACUAUAUUUGUCACACUCCAGUAGAGUAGGUGGCGGUAUGCACCUUUACUGUUGGUUUGCAACCCGCCAGUAAACCCACAUAAGAAGAAGAAGAAAAGACACGAGCUCAGCCGCUGUGUUUACAUCAGUUUUAGAUUCUGUUUGUUGGGAGAUGAGAUGGAUGUGAUUUGCUGUGAAUCAGAAGAAACUGAAGAGUGUUUACAGGAUGAUGAAUCUACUGAUCAAACCUCCACAGAGUCUCUGGAUUCUGUCUGUAACGCUGGAGAACAGCAGCAGAUCCUGCAGACCAAACUCAACAUGUGUUCAGUCAAACUCAUCGACUUCAGGAACCUCAUGAUGAAGAUCAAAACUGAACCUACGGAAAUAAAAACUGACACUACGGAAAUAAAAACUGAAACUACGGAAAUAAAAACUGAACCUACAGAAGAGGAAGAUCGCACUGAUGAAGAUGACAGUUAUGAUUUUGACGACGAUGAUCAUUUUAUUCUUUCCGAUGUGAAGAGUGAAUCAUCUUCUGAUGGAGAAACGUCCUCAAUAUCAAAAGAGCGACAGACAGCACAAACUCUUUCCUGCAUCACCUGUGGAAAGACAUUCAGCUCACAGAGACAUUUAGAGAGACAUGAGAGAAAACACACAGAAGAGAAACUCUUCACCAGAUCUGAGAUCAGCUUUACUACCUUACAAGAGAAGAAACUUCAUUCAGAAGAGCACACAGACAAGAAGAAGAAGAUUCACUGUCAGCAGUGUGGGAAGAAUUUUGACUACUUAUCUUGGCUAAAAAGACACAUGAGGACACACAGUGGUGAAAAACCUUUCAACUGCAGUGAAUGUGGCAAAUGUUUCAGCACCAAAGGAUAUCUUGAUGUUCAUGAGAGAGUUCACACUGGAGAGAAACCUCAUCAUUGUAGUGUUUGUGGAAAGAUUUUCAGUCAACAUGUCAGUUUAGUGAAACACCAGAGAACUCAUACAGGUGAAAAACCUUACAAAUGCUCUCAUUGUGGGAAGACUUUUGCUCGGUUAUAUUCCUUAAAAAUCCAUAAGAGAGUUCACACUGGAGAGAAACCUCAUCACUGUAAUGUUUGUGGGAAGAGUUUUAAUAAACAUGACCAUUUAGUGUCACACCAGAGAACUCAUACAGGUGAAAAACCUUACAAAUGCUCUCAGUGUGGGAAGACUUUUGCUCGGUUAUAUUCCUUAAAAAUCCAUAAGAGAGUUCACACUGGAGAGAAACCUUACGUCUGCUCUCACUGUGGAAAGAGCUUCUCUGAUUCAUCUUAUUUGAGAGGUCAUAAGAGAGUUCACUCUGGAGAGAAACCUCAUCACUGCAGUGUUUGUGGGAAGAGUUUCAGUCAACUUUACAGUUUAGUGAAACACCAGAGAACUCAUACAGGUGAAAGACCUUACAAAUGCUCUCAGUGUGAGAAGACGUUUGCUCGGUUAUAUUCCUUAAAAAUCCAUAAGAGAAUUCACACUGGAGAGAAACCUUACGUCUGCUCUCAAUGUGGAAAAAGCUUCUCUACUUUAACUCAUUUGAGAGGUCAUCAGAGAGUUCAUACUGGAGAUAAACCUCAUCACUGUAAUGUUUGUGGGAAGAGUUUUAAACAACAUGUCAAUUUAGUGAAACACCAGAGAAUUCAUACAGGUGAAAAACCUUACAAAUGCUCUCAGUGUGAGAAGACGUUUGCUCAGCCAGGUAACUUAAAAACCCAUGAGAGAAUUCACACUGGUGAAAAACCUUACGUCUGCUCUCAAUGUGGAAAGAGCUUCUCUGGAUUAAAUACUUUUAAAGUUCACGAGAGAGUUCACAGUGGGGAGAAACCUCAUCACUGUAGUGUUUGUGGGAAGAGUUUCAGUCGAAGUCAACAUUUAAUGUCACACCAGAAAACUCAUAAAGGUAAAAGACUUUACCAAAGCCAUGUACUGGAUCAGGUUACUCUGAUGUUUCAGUACGAGGAACCGCCAAUAAACACGAAGAAGAAGAAGAACGAAGAAGGAGGAGAGGAUACACGAUCGAGCAUCAGCCGCUGUGUUUACAUCAGUUUUAGCUUCUGUUUUUUGAGAGAUGAGAUGGAUGUAAUUUUCUGUAAAUCAGAAGAAACUGAAGAGUGUUUACAGGAUGAUGAAUCUACUGAUCAAACCUCCACAGAGUCUCUGGAUUCUGUCUGGAACGCUGGAGAACAGCAGCAGAUCCUGCAGACCAAACUCAACAUGUGUUCAGUCAAACUCAUCGACUGCACGAACCUCAUGAUGAAGAUCAAAACUGAACCCAUAGAAAUAAAAACUGAAACUACGGAAAUAAAAACUGAACCUACAGAAGAGGAAGAUCACACUGGUGAAGAUGACAGUUAUGAUUUUGACGACGAUGAUCAUUUUAUUCUUUCCGAUGUGAAGAGUGAAUCAUCUUCUGAUGGAGAAACGUCCUCAAUAUCAAAAGAGCGACGGACAGCACAAACUCUUUCCUGCAUCACCUGUGGAAAGACAUUCAGCUCACAGAGACAUUUAGAGAGAAAACACACAGAACAGAAACUCUUCACCAGAUCUGAGAUCAGCUUUACUACCUUACAAGAGAAGAAACUUCAUUCAGAAGAGCACACAGACAAGAAGAAGAAGAAGAAGUUGUUUCAUUGUGAGCAGUGUGAGAAGGUUUAUGUCUCUUCUUCUAUGCUGAACAUUCACAUGAAGACACACAGUGGUGAAAAACCUUUCAACUGCACUGAAUGUGGCAAAUAUUUCAGCACCAAAAGAAAUCUUGGUGUUCAUCAGAUAAUUCACACAGGAGAAAAACCAUACAAGUGUCCUCACUGUGAGAAGAGAUUCAGACAUAAAAACCACAUGAGGAGACACAUGCGUUUACACACCAGUGAGAGACCGUAUCAGUGCAGUCAAUGUGACAAAUGUUUUAACUCCAAAGACAAUCUUGUUGUUCAUCAAAGAGUUCACACUGGAGAGAAACCUUAUCACUGUAGUGUUUGUGGGAAGAGUUUUAAUAAACAUGACCAUAUAGUGUCACACCAGAGAACUCAUACAGGUGAAAGACCUUACAAAUGCUCUCAUUGUGGGAAGACUUUUGCUCGGUUAUAUUCCUUAACAGUCCAUGAGAGAAUUCACACUGGAGAGAAACCUUACGUCUGCUCUCACUGUGGAAAGAGCUUCUAUGAUCCAUCUCAUUUGAGAGGUCAUCAGAGAGUUCAUACUGGAGAGAAACCUUAUCAUUGCAGUGUUUGUGGGAAGAGUUUUAAAAAACAUGACCAUUUAGUGUCACACCAGAGAACUCAUACAGGUGAAAAACCUUACAAAUGCUCUCAGUGUGGGAAGACUUUUGCUCGGUUAUAUUCCUUAACAGUCCAUAAAAGAGUUCACACUGGAGAGAAACCUUAUGUCUGUUCUCAAUGCGGAAAGAACUUCUCUGAUCCAUCUCAUUUGAGAGCUCAUCAGAGAGUUCACACUGGAGAGAGACCUCAUCAUUGCAGUGUUUGUCGGAAGAGUUUCAGUGGACAUAGCAGUUUAGUGACACACCAGAGACUUCAUACAGGUGAAAGACCUUACAAAUGCUCUCAUUGUGAGAAGACGUUUGCUCAGUCAGGUCACUUAAAAGCCCACGAGAGAGUUCACACUGGAGAGAAACCUUACGUCUGCUCUCAAUGUGGAAAGAGCUUCUCUGAUCCAUCUCAUUUGAGAGGUCAUCAGAGAGUUCACACUGGAGAGAAACCUCAUCACUGCAGUGUUUGUGGGAAGAGUUUUAGUCAACAUGGCGGUUUAGUGUCACACCAGAGAACUCAUACAGGUGAAAGACCUUACAAAUGCUCUCAUUGUGAGAUGACUUUUGCUCGGUUAUAUUCCUUAACAGUCCAUGAGAGAAUUCACACUGGAGAGAAACCUUACGUCUGCUCUCACUGUGGAAAGAGCUUCUCUGAUCCAUCUCAUUUGAGAGCUCAUCAGAGAGUUCACACUGGAGAGAAACCUUAUGUCUGCUCUCAAUGUGGAAAGAGCUUCUCUGGAUUAAAUACUUUUAAAGUUCACGAGAGAGUUCACAGUGGGGAGAAACCAUACGUUUGCUCUCAAUGUGGAAAGAGCUUCUCUAAUUCAAGUUGUUUGAGAGGUCACGAGAGAGUUCACAGUGGGGAGAAACCAUACGUUUGCUCUCAAUGUGGAAAGAGCUUCUCUAAUUCAAGUUGUUUGAGAGGUCACGAGAGAGUUCACAGUGGGGAGAAACCAUACGUUUGCUCUCAAUGUGGAAAGAGCUUCUCUAAUUCAAGUAAUUUGAGAGUUCACGAGAGAGUUCACAGUGGGGAGAAACCUCAUCACUGUAGUGUUUGUGGGAAGAGUUUCAGUCGAAGUCAACAUUUAAUGUCACACCAGAAAACUCAUAAAGAGACAAUGGAAGUAAAAGAGGAAACAAAUGAAGUGGAGGAGAAACAUCAGGAGCCUCAUGAUGUCAUUACUGAAGAAAAAUCUUAUGAUCACUUACAAACAUCAACAAAGAAAAGAAAAAUGAAAAAUUCCCAUCAGCGUGGAAAGAGUGUCCGAAUGAAAGGACACCAUAACAAUAAAGAGAGAUGUCGUACUUGCAAGCAGUGUGGAAAGAGUUUUACAGAUACAAGAGACCUUCAUGAACAUUUGAGAACUCACACUGGGGUCACACCUCUUACAUGUCAUCUGUGUGGAAAGAGUUUAUAUGAAGGAAGACUUAAGUAUCAUAUAAGGAUUCACAAUAAAAUCAAGAAGACUUUUUCUUGCUGUCACUGUGGAAAGAGUUUCACACUGAAAGGAGACCUAAGGUCUCAUGUACGAAUUCACACUGGAGAAAAACAUUUCACCUGUCCUCAGUGUGGAAAAAGCUUUGCACAUAAAGCGACCCUUGACAUUCAUGCAGUGAUUAACACUGGAGAGAAACCACACACCUGCACUCAGUGAGGAAAGAGCUUCAGACAGAAAAGUCAUCCAACAACUGAGAAAUGUUUUACUUGCAUUCAUUGUGGAAAGAAUACACCAGAAACUUCAUACCAAUAAGAACUCUUACUCGUGACGUGUUCUGUUUGUGGAAAGAGUUUUCCACUGAUUGAAUAUUUGAAAAUACACUAGAGAAAAUACAUGGCGAGAAAACUCUUGUGUGCUCCGAGUGUGGAAAAUCCUUUUCAACCGGCAGAGGCUUGACAGUUCAUCAAAAAAUACACACGAAUGUUCGCAGUGUGGAGAGAGAUUUACAAACUUUUAUAGCUGGAAGAGUCAUGAGACGAUGCAUACAUGGAGAAAAACCAUUCUACUAUUCUCUAUGUGGAAAAAGUUUUACUUUUUCAAAUAGUGUAGGGCGACAUCAAAAAUUACAUUGCAAAAAGUUUUCAGAAAACUUAUCCUCCAAUUAAAAAUGAAAAGAAUGCAUUUUAUUUUUAGUUUUACUUUUUUGUUUAGUGAUUACUUAAUUGUUUUUUUUAGGUUGUCCAUCUCCACUUCAUGUACUGUACACCUGAACAGUACAAUUAAAUGAGUGAACUGUACUUAAACCUAUGAAAAAGUUUAUUAAGUUUAAAGGUAUAUGUGUCUUCAACAAGUUCACCUUUUUUAUUUUUUAGUUCUGCAAACUCAAAUAAAAUGAGUCCAAGAACUGCGUUAUAUACUACUUCCAAAAAUUUGUCAUCAUUUUAAUACCACAGCCUCAUUUGAACAAUCACUGCAAAUAAUUACAAACUUUUGCUAGGGAAGCUAAGAAAGAUUCUAGCACUGCAAAUUUACUUCAAGUUAAAUCAACACGAUUGGUUGCAUGAGCCUGCAUUAUGAGAGCAUUUUUUGAAAUAAAGUGAUUUUUUUUGGUUUCUAGUAAAGCGAAAGACUCAAUUAAACACUUAUUUAUGUUGGAGAUUUAGAAGAGUUUCUAUUUUAACUUUUUGUGGUUACUAUUGUUCAUUGUUAGUGCCUGUGCUUAGACUGUGUGUCAGAUAUGUGUUGAUUUAUAAACAAUAAAUCAACACAUUGCAUUAUGAAAAAUAAUGUAAAAGUGAGCACUGACCUCAGUCUAUUCACACUUACACCGGUCUUAAUUUUGUGCGUAACCCCUAAUUAUUUUUAAAUAAGAUUUAAAGUUUAGUGCAACAGAAUUAUUAAAUAAGUUUUGAUUUCAACAGAUUAAGCCAAAUCCUUGUUGGUGCAACCCACCAUUAGGGGACAGAGAUCAGACUAAUCCUAAAAUUAAUUUAAAGGGACACUUUUUUGAAAAUAUGCUCAUUUUCCAGCUCCCUUAGAGUUAAACAUUUGAUUUCUUACCGUUUUGGAAUCCAGUCUGGCGCUAGCACUUUUAGCAUAGCUUAGCAUAAUCCAUUGAAUCUGAUUAAUAGAGUUUCAAUAUAGUACAAAGGAGGUUUAGGGCCAAGCUAAAAUAAAAAAAAUAAAACCAUCUCGAGAUUAAAGUCAUUAA